UCAAGUUAAUUACCAGCUCCCAAUCAGCUAGCCAGCAGAUCAUCUAGUGAAAAGGAAGCAAGAUCGAUGAAUAGUCACUCGAUCAUGGUGGUGCCGUCGGUGUUCGCCGCCUUUGACACGGACGGCGACGGCAAGGUGUCCGCGUCCGAGCUGCGCCGCUGCAUGGAGGCGACGCUGGGUGAGGACGUGUCCGAGGCGGAGGCGGCGGCGGUCCUCGCGGCCGUGGACGCCGACCGCGAUGGGCUGCUAAACCAAGAAGAGUUCUCGAGGCUGACAGCCCCCGGUGCCCAGGAAGAGGACGAUGCCGACGUGAAGCGAAGGUGCCUGAGGGAGGCGUUUGGGAUGUACGCGUCGUCGUCCACGGAAGACACGAUUACGCCGGCGAGCCUGAGGCGGACGCUGAGCAGGCUGGGGUCACACGAGCUGGGCGUGGAGGAGUGCCGGGCAAUGAUCUGCAGAUUCGACCUCGACGGUGACGGCAAACUAUCCUUCGACGAGUUCCGGGUCAUGAUGAUGGCCUGAUCACCGUUCUCAUUCUUCUAGAUACAUAUAAUGUUCACUUAUUUCAUUGAUCGAUCACAUGUGUGUACAGUCAUGUGUUCGUUCAUUCAUUCAUUGUUUUGCUCGCA